CGCCUUUUACCAAAAUUCCUUAAAAUGUUUGGUCUACAAAAGCCCCCUACUUUGGAAAAGUUUCGAGAACAUCGAUUGAAGGCCACUCCGCUGUAAUAGGUCGUGGCUUAGGUGCAAUGGCUCUUAAUGUAUUGUUUAUGCUGUUCUAAUUUUAGGAGAUAGCGGAGGUCCUAUCAUGGUGUAUGAUACUAAACGUGAACGUUGGGAACAAGUUGGCAUCGUUAGUUAUGGAACAGGAUGUGCUUUACCGAAUUUUCCUGGAAUAUACAC